AUGGAUCGCAAGUCACCUUCUCACGACACCUCUCUGCUUGACGGUACACACUCACUGGCACCACCAUCUCAGUCGCAAGAAGAUCCCUAUAAUCCGCCUACAAUCGAUCAGUCGCAUGAUGUUGCCCUGGUGAUCAGAGUGCUCAACCAAUCCUACAAUUGCCAUGGCGUCUAUCAUUCAAAGAUCUUGCUCUGGGGCUCCGCGGGCUGUGGCAAGCGCCGCAUUGCCACUGAAGCUGCGCUACAGUUUUCCGCCCGGACGGGCUGCAAAAUCCUAUGGAUAGAUGGCCGAUCGUUUGAAUGUUUUAUCCGCGAUUAUCGAGCAGCCUACACCAUCAUCACCGGCGAGAAUCUCCCUCAGGGCCUCACAUUAACCCAUACACUCCUGAAGAUCAAGUCCACCCUGGAAGCUCGCCGGGAUGAGUCACUCAUAGUCGUCUUCGACUUGCAGUUCUAUCUCGAAGAGGACGUGGAGACCGCACUGAGUACACCGGAUCUCUUUCUCCCAGACCGGUGUCGUAUUCUCUUUACGUCUUCCUAUGUCAUCCCCUCGGAAUGCGUCAGCGGUAACCGGGGCUCCUCUGUGACAUGUGGACUCAAGCUUGCCAGACGAGCGAUAUGCCUGUAUGUCGGCGGCCUCAACGAGGAACAAGGCAUGCAGUAUUUUAGGGCUUCGGUGCCGAAUAGCAACGAUGCAGUCGACUCUCUCCGCGCUUUCGGGCACAGAGACUCAUGGCAAACCACGCCGCUUCGGCUUGCACUUUCUUGUGCUUGUAUGCGCUUACUGCAGGUCUCCCCGAAACAUUUUCAUCGACUAUGCGCACACAAAGCCCGGGAAGGCUGUAGUCCAUCAUGGCCAGGCUACAGUCCGAUCUUUUCGGACAUAAUGUGUAUCCUGUGGGACGCGCUCAAUGACUAUGAUAUUGCUGCAGGGCGGUUGUUGGCCAUAUGCUCAAUCGUCGAUCGAGUCGCCAUUCCCGUUUCACUUGUUGAAAAAUUCCCAAUAUUUCAGAAUAAUCGAGAGCGACUCCUUUCCGCAAUCGAUGUCCUUCGUCUGAGUGGGUUAGUUGAGAUCCACCGGGGAGCUGGGCUUGAUACAAUCAACCUUCACCUACAGGUGCAACGCUGGCUGCAACUCAAACGUCGAAGGAUUGAGGACAAACAAGAGCUUACAGAUCUUGUCCACGCCUGGGUCUCUGUGCUCAGCGACUAUCUAACCAAACCCAAAGACGAGCUCCCGAAGAAUGAUCCCAUCUUUGAUGCUGAGAAAUUCUGGCGAAUGCUCGCUCAUGUCACGUCGCUUUGCAGUCUCAAAUCACGGCAAACUCGGGAGCUGUGCAGCAUGCAAUACAUGGCUUUCUUGAAGCAUGUCGCCAUUUUCCUUGUCGAAGACGGUUUCUUUGUAGGCAUGGCGUGGGCAGCUGUAACUCAUGCGUUAAGCAUGUGCACGCUUUUACAAUCUCGGCAAGUUCAUAACUUGGAACUAGACCGUGAGUACGUCCACAUUCGACAAGUAAAGGCCAAUGCCUACAUGAAUAUGUCGGAGUAUGGUCAAGCCGAGAUUGAACUUCGGGAGGCCAAGCGAGUUCUUAGUCGUCGCCUAUCAGGCAGCGCCGACAGCACACAGACAUUGCGCGAGAUUCAGGACACGGAAGCGUACCUGAGUGUCGUGCAAGGGAAAUGGGCUGAGGCGGGCCGAAUGCUCACUGAAUUGCUGGCCUACCCCGAACCUAAUGCUGAACCGUCCAAGGUUGCACAGCGACACUAUUGGAUGGCGAAAACAAAAGCGGCUGUGGGUACAGAUAUCAGCGCAUUGGCACAUUCGCAGUAA